AUGCCGAAAAGCAAGCCAACAAAGCGCGAGAGCGCAUCAGCCGAUCGGAUUGCGGAUUCCCGUUUUGCAAGCUUCGAAACAGAUCCGCGAUACCAAUUACCGUCCAAGAAAAACCUAAAGACCAAGCUCGACAAGCGCUUCUCGCGCGUGUUAAAAGAUGCCGACUUUGUCGCCACCGCGAGAGUUGAUCGUUAUGGGCGGAAGUUGAAGACGGACACGAAAAAGAAGGCCUUAGAACGCCUCUACGAAGACGAGGAAGAGGAGGAGGAGAAGGAUGGGGACGCCAAGGUCGAGGACGACGACAUCGUCCGGCGCGAGCUGGAGAAGGCAGACACAGCAUACGACCCUGCCCGCAAUGGUGGUUUUUCUUCGUCCGAGUCGGACUCAGAUUCGGACGGGCAAUCCGACUCCGAGGAAGCGCCCGAAGCAGAAGAUGGAGUGGAGGAGUCGCGGCCCGGCAUCCGUCUGCGCAGAGAUAAGCAGGAGGUUGAAGAGGGGGAGGUCACCAGACGGUUUGCCGUCGUCAACAUUGACUGGGAUCACAUCAAAUCUAUGGACCUCUUGGCGUUAUUUUCGAGUUUCGUACCGGUUGGUGGGCGCAUUGAGAAGGUGUCGAUCUACCCCAGCGAGUUUGGCAAGGAGAGGAUGCAGCAUGACGAAGCCGACUCUGCGUCCGAGAGCGAGGACGAUGAUGAUGCGGCGGAGGAUUCGGACGAGGAGGUUAGGAAGGAGCUCCUCCAGGAGGGUAACGAUCAAGAUUUUGACAGCGACGCGCUCCGGACGUAUCAACUCGACAGGUUACGGUACCAUUACGCGGUCGUGGUUUGUUCCGACCCGAACACGGCGCACAAGAUCUACGAUGCGACAGACGGCAGCGAAUAUCUGUCAUCUUCCAAUUUCCUUGACCUGCGCUUUAUCCCCGAUGAUGUCACGUUCGACGACGAACCCAGAGAUGAGUGCGAUAGCGUCCCCGCCGGGUACAAACCCGUCGAGUUUGUGACAGAUGCACUACAGCAUUCAAAGGUCAAGUUGACCUGGGACAUGCAUCCUGAGGAGGUUUCUAGGAAGGAGUCCAUCAACAAGGCCUUCACUGGAAGUCGGUCAGACAUUGCCGAGAACGAUCUUCGGGCGUACCUGGCAAGUGAUAGCGAGAGCGAAGGGGAGGAAGCAGACGAGGCCCCUCCCGAGGCUGAGGACGCGGAGGAAGCGCCGCUGAGCAAGAAGGAGCUUGCAAGACGCAAGAUGCGCGCCGCGCUCGGCCUCGGCGAUGAGCCAGCGCCAAAGGCGUCGAAGUCAGGGCCGGUUGGGGAGAUGCAGAUUACAUUUGCCCCCGCCCUAUCCGGGAAGCCCGAGAAGGAGGCGGUUGAAGAAACAACCAUCGAGAAAUACAAGCGCAAGGAGAAGGAGCGCAAGGAGAAGAAGAAAGCCAUGGCCAUUGCCAAAAGGGAAGGCGUCGAACCUGAGAUGGUUCACGAGGAGCAGGCCGAAGGGGGCGGUGACGAUCUCGGCUUUGACGAUCCCUUCUUCACCUCGGAGGCAGUCCAGCCCUCCAAGACGGCGAUGCGCAAGGAGGAACGGCUCAAGAAGCGCGCUGCCAAGGAGCAGGAGGAAGCUGAGAACGCUGCGCAGAGAGCGCAGCUUGAACUUCUUAUGGCGGAUGAGAGUGGCGGCGGUGCCCAUCUCGACCACUUCGAUAUGAAGGACAUCACGCGAGCAGAGAAGCAGAAGAAGAAGGGUAAGAAGAAGGGCAAGAAGGGGGCUGAGGACCAGGGUGGCCUGCAAGAGGACUUUAAUAUGGACGUCGAGGAUGCUCGGUUCAAGGCCGUGUUCGAGAACCACGAGUUCGCCAUCGACCCGUCGAAUCCCAAAUACAAGGCGACCCAGGGAAUGAAGAAGCUGUUGGAAGAGGGUAGGAAGAAGCGCAAGGCCGGGCCAAAUGAGUCACCCAGCGACAAGAAGGACCAAAGGAGCGCCAAGAAAGCGAAAGGCGGUGGUGAUCUCGAGCUCAGCAGUCUCGCAGAUGCCAACGCCGCGACCGCCACCAUCGCGGUAGGCAGCCCAUCCACCCCCGCGAGGCCGAGCCCGGCGGCGGUAGCAGGGGGGAUGCUGGGGUCGGGGGUUGGUGGUGGUGGUGGUGGUGCUGGUGCUGGUAGUCGGAGAAGUCGAGGGUGUCGAAGUAGCAGGGCGAGUGGUGAUUGGGGUUGGGGGGGUGUGCUUCGUUGGUGGUGGUGGUGGUGGGGGGGAGGGUGUGGUAGCCGUGGUGGUUGGGUGGGAGUGGGAAGAGGCGCGGCUUCGGUAAAGCCGGUGUUGGGCGUCGUCGUCGUCAUUGCCGCUCGCUUUGGUGGCGGGCUGCGGUUGGGGUUGGGGGACGGUGAAUGGCGGGACGUAGGCGUAGCCGCUAGGGGGCAGCGAAGUGGAUGGAUAUCUGGGGUGGUCGCGCAAGUGCUGGGGUUGUUGGGGCUGGGAUGUGUCUGGGUCGCUGAGGUCAAUGCAUUCCCAGGUUGCAUGCUUGGGUGCGUAGCAGGGCAUGGUGUCGGGGCUGGAGAUAUCGUGCUCUCGCGCUUGACAGAAGUUGUCAGAAUACUGUCCCUGCAUCUUGGCGGCGGGAGGGUGGGACUGUCAAGAGCGUUGUGGCGGUUGGCUAGGCCUGGUAGACCAAGUCGUGUAGUCGGUCUUGCGGAAGGGAGGUGGAGGGGAUAA